UAUAAUCAAAUGAAGAGUUUAAUUACUGCUAAGCGCUCCACGUGGCGGAAUAGAGAGAAUCUAGCAGAAGCGCUCUCUCUCUCUCUCUCUCUCUCUCCGCUCUCCGCCUUUACCUUAGGGUUGGCUAUGGCGGCCUCUAGCUCGGGCGCGCGCCUUCCCUCGCCAGUGAAAGCGAUGGCGGAUUCUCUCCCGCGCGAGGACGGCGAUCUCCUGCGCUACCUGGCGACGCACGACGAAUGUGAUUUCGCGUCGAGCAGCAGCGGGAAGCCGGCCAAGAAGCAUCACCAGCAGCAGGGCAAGAAGCGGCAUCUUCAUCGCGCUGUCGAUCACAAUGCGUCGAGUUCUUCCCCUUCUCCAGGCAAGCGAUCCUCUUCUUGCGGAUAUUUCGAGCGCUACGCCAAGUACUGGUCUCGCUGGAGCGCCUCUCCCAACCAGCGGGUGAUUGACGAUGCCCUGGAGCUCAACGAUUCCCUCCAAGCACAAGCACAAGCUCAGGGCAGCCGGAAGUGCGUGUGGCCUGCCAUGGGGGCAAAGAAAGACAAGCAGCAGAAGCGAGCGGCUGCCAAGGACGAUGCCAAGAAGGAAGCGAAUGCUAGCGACGCCAUCACCGAUGUGGAGAAGGCGUCUCCGGAGGAGAAGAUUGACCAAGACAAGGAUAAGAAGCCGUCGCGAAAGCAGGCGGAGAAGAAGGAGGAGGCCGUGAGCAAGCCGCCCAAGUCGAAGCAAGUGGCGCCCCUGGAAUUCAAGGAGGACGAGGAGGACGCCGGGGUCAUCGAGACGAGGAAGCCCCAAUCUUUUGGAACCAAAGCGUCGGAAGCUCUGGGCUUUGUUUGCGAGAAACUUCUCCGGAUGUGGUAUCCGCGCCUCCGACGUCGAAGCUAGAUCACCAGAUUGCAACGGGAAUAAGCGUCGGAUGUUUCUUUCUGUUGCUGGCUGCUCGAAUCACAAGCUCUAGAGAGUACUAUUAUCACACACAGGUCCCAACAUCAACUCUAUUUUUUUGACGAACAAGCCAGGUCUGGCUCUCGCUCUUUUUUCCUUUUACAAGUUCACAUAAUCACUUAUACUUCCAUUUCGUGUUCUUGGCGCCCGAGUGACUGUUUUUAUCUCAAAUCGGUGUCUGACACCUUUGAUCGA